AUGCCCACCAACAGCGCGCUUCCCACCCUCCCUGGCGGCUUCAAUUAUCCCCCUCCGACUGUUCCUCCCAAAGCCGGCGCCCCUUACCUGGCCACCUCUAAACUACCAGAAAACUUCGUUUUUAUAGUUGUCGGUGCCGCCCUUGGGUUUUUCCUCGUCCUCAUCAUCGCAUGGAGGCUCCUCAUGUCAUGGUCCAUAAAUCGAUCUUUCCGCCGCGAUGCCAACAAUAGCGCGUCGAUUGGUACCGCCUACACGCCGCUUGCCGACAUGAAGAAGAACCCUGCUAUACAAUCAUCACACGACAUGGCGGAUCUGAGUAAACUACCAAGGUCGUUUUCGAGCGUCCCAUCGCUAUUUUUCUCUCCUACGGCCGAGGUCGCGAAGCAGAGUCAACGACCACCGAGCAGUCACCACACACACCUGCCGGCAGGACAUUACCGCGACGCAUCCGAUACUUACAGAAGAUGA